UGACUGCUGGUCUGGCCCUAUCGCUCGAGAAUCCCCUAAACCCUCCACUAGUCGACAUUGUUAUAUACACCUAGUCCUAGAGAUUAGAUUACGCUCUCGGCGGCUCGGUGCCUUUCUUUGCCUUCCUUAACCAAGAAGCAUAUAGCUACUGAUUGAUGUCUGCGGCCUGAGUGCGAGUAUAUAUAAAAGCUCUCAGGUAGCUUCUAGUGCCAUAAAGAGAGUGACAACAACGAGUGGCAGCGGGCGGCGGUCAGCUAGUAGUGGCGAUGGCGGUGCAGAGGAUGGAGGUACUGUACUUGCAGGUGGCGGCGGUGGCGGCGCUGCUGAUGGCGACGGAGCUGCGCGCGCAGCUGCGGGUGGGCUUCUACGACAACUCGUGCCCUGCGGCGGAGAUCAUCGUGCAGCAGGAGGUGAGCACGGCGGUGGCGGCCAACCCGGGCAUCGCCGCCGGCCUGCUCCGGCUCCACUUCCACGACUGCUUCGUUGGGGGGUGCGACGCGUCGGUGCUCAUCGACUCGACCAAGGGCAACACCGCGGAGAAGGACGCCGGGCCAAACACCAGCCUGCGGGGCUUCGAGGUCAUCGACCGCAUCAAGGCGCGCGUCGAGCAGGCCUGCUUCGGCGUCGUCUCCUGCGCGGACAUACUCGCCUUCGCCGCCAGGGACAGCGUCGCACUGGCCGGUGGUAACGCGUACCAGGUGCCGGCGGGUCGCCGCGACGGGUCCACGUCGCGCGCGUCGGACACGAACGGCAACCUGCCGCCGCCGACGGCGAACGUGGCCCAGCUCACGAAGAUCUUCGGCAACAAGGGCCUGACGCAGAAGGAGAUGGUGAUCCUCUCCGGCGCGCACACCAUCGGGUCCUCGCACUGCAGCUCCUUCAGCGGGCGGCUGUCGAGUUCGUCCACGACGGCGGGGCAGGACCCGACCAUGGACCCGGCGUACGUGGCGCAGCUGGCGCGGCAGUGCCCGCAGGCCGGCGGGGACCCGCUGGUGGCCAUGGACUACGUGUCCCCGAACGCCUUCGACGAGGGCUUCUACAAGGGCGUCAUGGCCAACCGCGGCCUGCUGUCCUCGGACCAGGCGCUGCUCAGCGACAAGAACACCGCCGUGCAGGUCGUCACCUACGCCAACGACCCGGCCACGUUCCAGAGCGACUUCGCCGCGGCCAUGGUCAAGAUGGGCACCGUCGGCGUGCUCACCGGAGCCAGCGGCAAGAUCAGGGCAAACUGCAGAGUCGCCUGAUGAUCCAUCAGUCGUGUGGAUGGAGUUGUAGAUUCAUUAUUGUAUUGAUUUGGCGAUCGGACGCUGUCGACGUGAUGAUAGCAUAGAGCAUAGCCUGGUUGUGCUUGUAACUUAAUUGUAUGUAUGCCUGUACUUGUGCGUGUAUGGGUAUGGCUGUGCAAAUUGCAAUGGCUAUAUUCGUUGGCUGAUUAUUACCUCUAUAUUCUUUUUUCCCACUUGAUUGAGGCAUGUGUGUCUCUUCUGCUUUGUGAGAGAAAAAUCUGUAACCAGAAAAAACUGCUUGUGUA